AUGGCAGACCUCGAAAGCACAGUCAUAAACACCAGUGUGACCCAGAAAGAUCCCAAGGAAGCUCUGGUCAUUGCUGUGACAACAAGGGCUAUUUUCAACCUGGAAAAGGAGCAUGAGAUCUUUUUGACAAAGGGAAAGGAGGAGUACGUGAAGCAUCAGCAAACGAACGAGAACAACCCUUUGGAGCCAGGGACAGCCUUUGCUUUUAUCCAGGCAGCACAGUUUGUGAACAAGAAGCUUCUUGAAAGAGACCCAGAGGAGAAGGAGCUCUUUGACGUGAUUGUCCUCUCAAAUAACAGUCCAGAGAGUGGUGUCCGGAUCAUCAACAGUGCUAAGCAACAUGGAGUUUCAGCAGCACUCAUCUUCCAGCAGGAGAUACAGGCUCCCAGCACCCAGCUGCGCGUCGUCUUUGAUGGUGAUGCUGUACUCUUUUCAGACGAGACGGAGCGGGUCUUUCGUGAGAAGGGGCUUGAGGGGGCUGUAGAGUAUGAGAAAAAGAUGGAAAGCGUGCCCAUGGGAGAGGGCCCACUGAAAGCAUUUGCUUUGCAUCUUGGCAAGAUGCGCCAAAAAUUUGGCACAGAGGACUCUCCCAUCCGCAUUUACUUGGUAACUGCCCGCAGUGGCCGUGACAUGGGCAUCCGGGCCAUAAAGACACUUCGGGAAUGGGGCCUGGCAAUUGAUGAGGCCUUCUUCAUGGAUGGAGCACCUAAAGGCCCCAUACUCUCCAAGAUUCAGCCCCACAUCUUCUUUGACGAUGGUCUUCACAAUAUCCAGGGUGCCCAGGAUGUUGGCAUUCCCUCUGCCCUGGUUCCUUGUGACUGA